AUGUUCUCUUAUCUGCGGCCUCACCGACGCAUCCCAUCGACCCCAUCGACCCCUUCAUCCCCAAAUCCAGAGGUACUUGCCUUCGAACCUCGAGCGCGUCCAACGGACCAUGGACAUCCAACACGACUCCAAGACGUUAAAUACGAAUAUGAAAUAUCAUCGAGUUCCUCUCCUCCAUUUCUACCUCCAAUCGCACGAGUUUCAAGCGCGGGGUAUGGAAAUACAUUUGAAAAUUUGAGUUUCUCUGGGAAGAUAACUAGCAACGGCCAUGAUCCGACAGGGCAGAACUGGGACGCGAAAACCAAUAAUGGACAAAAGGGAGGUUCGGAAUUUGGAAUCAACCAGAAAUCACCAUCGUAUGCGAGCAACCAGAGACCUGAUUCUGCGGGAAAUGGGGGAACAGGCUCUAUGAAAAAUACUGGAUUUGACCAUUCCAGGUCACAAUCCAACGCCAACUACGAGACAAGCACAAAGAAAUUUCUUGGGUCAAUGAUCCCAGAGUCAGAUAUCAAAUCUACCGGGAGACGGCCUACGGGUGCUCGAAAUCCUUCCCCACCGAUCGAGGCGCCUCCUCCACACUCAUCUAGAGCAAGGCUGAAGAUGCUAAAUCCCAUGGCUCUCCUGGCUCGACGGAGAACCUCUCAAGCUAUACCUCAAUUAACACCGGAAUCACUUACUACAAACUUGAGCUCAAAUGACAAUUUUGAUCCUAGAAUCAAAGGGACCGUUGUACACGACUUUAGUGCUCCAAGAGGACCGCGACGAAAUAUCUCCUAUAGCGAUGUCAGUGCCGUGGAUGGGGCCAGAGCGUUUCAAAGAAGUCCUUAUGCAGAUUCGACAACGAGUGACAAAGCAGGGAAUCAUACACCGGUGUUCACGGAGAACUUUGAAGAGGAGCAGUAUCCUGCCGCGGGACCUCACGUACGGAAGACUAACGACUUGUCUGAUCUCACUGCACCUAAACCUCCGUAUGCAAGAGAAAGUCGAAGACCCGCGGAUCAAAAUUCGACCUCGAAAGGUAACGAAGAGUUGCAGAACCAAGUUGGAGACCUGAGGAGGCUAAGUGCACAAAAUUCAUCCACAGAUAUUGGGCCUCCGGUAACGCUGAACGUCGAAAUUCCUGUCCCAGUUGAGUCGAAACGUAUAUCAAUUGAUCCGGUGGCGACUCCACCUAAGUCAUAUCCGUCAUCAAGACAGAGUGGACGGCCACGAAAUGUAUCGGAUGUUUCAGCAAAGAAUGUUCCAAAACAUAUGAGGAGUACAUCAUCAAGGUUCAGUUUCGACAUGAUAGGAGCUGCGGAACAGGAGCGUUUACUUGAAGAUAGACAUCGUCAAAAGGCAUUGGAGAAAAAGAAUAAUCCGGACAACAACGACGAUCAACAAAUUCAUGACGAGGACGAAGAUUUUGAUUAUGAUGACAUGAUGGAUGAUGAUGGUUUGGAGGAAAGGAUACCGGGUGUUAACGCUGAUUAUGAUGAAGAUGAUAUUUUUGAGGGGUUUGAUGGUGGGUAUGAAGAAGGCAUACCGGGCAUUAAUACUACUAGCUUGGAAGAAACAGAAGUGACACAAGAACAGCAAGAGAUAGAACAAAUAUUCCCCGUUGAAGAUGGAGUGCAAGCAGGUCUGCUGGAUGGUAAUGUCGCAGGCUUUACCUUUCAACCGCACGUUGCGAGUCCGAUGAGCCCAUAUACUCCUGGAGCUGCGACAACGCCUCGGGAUUCUAACGGACAGAUUAUUGGGUUUGCUCUGACCAAAUAUUCGCCCUACCUUACAUCAAACCCUCCUAAUUCUGUCCUUACGCCGAUCUCUCCCGAUGGUAAUAUCUCUUCUGCGGACAAAAAGCUGUUUGAAGAGCACAGAGCCCCAGAAUCGAACCCUCAAGGUCUUGGUAUAGUCACUGAAAUUUCAGAUGAAUUAGGAGAAGAGACCAUACAACAGCAAAGCUCUAAGUCGGCAUCGUUUCCUCAUAUGUCAGGACUCGAUGCUGAUGAUGAUCUAUAUUUUGAUGAUGGAAUUAUUGGUCUGGGAGGGGAUGAAGGUGAGGAUGCAGGCGGUUUUGACGAAUCUGUAUUUGAUAACAAUGAUACGGAUCCAUAUGGGCGGCCUAUAAAAGAUCAAUUCAUGGUUACAGAAACGUCUGAUACGUUGGCAACCAGCUCUACGGGUUUAUUAGACGAAGUGAAAGAAGACGCACUAUUACUAGAACUAUCUUCGACGACUAAUCGCCCAACUGGGGGUUUAGCACCACAGCCAUCCUUUUCGGACAAUAAGGCCUCAGCCGCGGCACCGGCUCAAUUAAUAACCCAAGGUUUAACGCAGGAUAAACUUGCUGCAUACCAAGCUUCUCUGGCAGCAGCUGCUUUCAGUGCAGCAGCCAGCGGUAAAUUCCGCCGUGAUAGCACGCAAAGUGUAUUUCACAUCGACUCGGAUCGCGAAGAAAAUCAACCUGGCCUAAUUACAGAUUCUGGUCAGACUUCUUCCCACUAUGACCAUAUAUCUCCAUCUUACGAUGAUGAUUUUGAUUACGAUGAUGCAUUAGAGGACGAUGAAUUUAUCGCUGCUGCUAAUGCAGAAGCGCUAGCUAACGAUCCGGAUGGGUUUUAUGGGCAGGAAUUCGGCUUUUAUUCGCAGCCUGCGGUUAGCUCGGCAGAAUAUAUAAAUGGUGGAUAUUUUGUUCCUACGGGAAUGGAUGGCAUCAUACGAAAUCAAAGCGGCAGAAUCGCAUCUCGAGAACCUAACCUCACACCUAUCACCGAGCGCUCGGAAUAUUCGAACCGCAAUUCCCUUAUGUUGGGAUCCCAUCUACAUGCGCCGUCAGGUGGCUCUCCGAUGAUUAGUCCAGGCUUGGCACAAUUGAUGAUUGCGCAGGAUUAUGAAAGGGCGUCGGAUAUGAGCUUGGAAGCAUUAUUGAAGUUGAGAAGUCGCGCAUGGGGUGGGAGUCAGGCGAGUGUGAAGAGUUUGGGUAGUAAUGGGAACGGAAAUGGUAGUCCAAAGAGUGUUGAGGAAAGUGGUAGCCCUGUGGUUGGAGGACCGCUUACGCAGCCGCCUUGGGGACAUCGGAGGAAGGGUAGUGCGUUUAAUCUUGUGAGUGAGGAGGUGGAAAGUGAGGUUGAUCACGUGGGGAACCUGACCACGAAUAAAUCGUCCCCAGAAUUGGGACAUAAGAUUAUGGAGACGAGAGAUUCAUCGUCGGGAAACGAACACGAGGGAGUAGCUGAGAAGGCUAGGAGACCGUCAUAUACCAAACAGCAUCAAUCCACUCCGAGCGCGGAGUCCAUCAGCUAUACCAAGGAAGAUGAUCCGGUGAAUGGCGAGCGAUGGGUCUUGGAAAGGAGGCGAACGGUAGAUAGCGGGGAGGUGGAAGUUUUAGGUCGAGAGGUUCUUCAGGGUGGUGCUAUCUAA